CCCGCCUACCAGCCAAUGGGGAGAAAGCUUCAAGACGGUCGCUCUGAAAGGCCGGAAUCGUUUUCCUGGCCUUACGGUGGCGGCCGCGGGUCCCUGCACUCUGCAAUCAUGUCUAUUAUGUCCUAUAAUGGAGGGGCCGUCAUGGCCAUGAAGGGGAAGAACUGUGUGGCGAUCGCCGCCGACAGGCGCUUCGGAAUCCAGGCCCAGAUGGUGACUACGGACUUCCAGAAGAUCUUUCCCAUGGGUGACAGGCUCUACAUUGGCCUAGCCGGGCUGGCCACCGACGUCCAGACAGUUGCACAGCGCCUCAAGUUCCGCCUGAACUUAUACGAGCUGAAGGAAGGCCGGCAGAUCAAGCCUUACACGCUCAUGAGCAUGGUGGCAAACCUCCUGUAUGAGAAACGGUUUGGUCCCUACUACACAGAGCCAGUCAUCGCAGGCUUAGACCCCAAGACCUAUAAGCCCUUCAUCUGCUCUCUCGACCUCAUUGGCUGCCCUAUGGUAACGGAUGACUUUGUCGUCAGUGGCACCUGCGCCGAACAGAUGUACGGGAUGUGCGAGUCCCUCUGGGAGCCCAACAUGGACCCGGAGCACCUGUUUGAGACCAUCUCCCAAGCCAUGCUCAACGCUGUGGACCGAGAUGCUGUGUCAGGCAUGGGGGUCAUUGUGCACAUCAUCGAGAAGGACAAAAUCACCACCCGGACCCUGAAGGCUCGAAUGGACUGACCCUGCCCCCAAUGCCCACUUGGUUGGUUGGUUGUGUUUUUUUAAAUAAAGCAGCUUUUCUUUGA